UUCUCCCCUCGCAGUUCCUGGCGCAGUUGAUGAUCUUCCUGAUCAGCGUCGUCAGUUCCAUCUUCUGUGGGCAUCUGGGCAAAGUCGAGCUGGAUGCCGUUACGCUCGCGGUGUCGGUGGUGAACGUUAUUGGGAUUUCAGUUGGAGCUGGCUUGGCCUCCACUUGUGACACGCUGAUGUCCCAGUCCUUCGGAGGCAAGAACCUAAAGCGCGUGGGGAUCAUACUUCAAAGAGGAAUCCUUAUCCUGAUGCUUUGUUGCUUUCCUUGCUGGGCCAUCUUCGUCAAUACGGAGCGCAUCCUCCUGCUCUUAAAUCAAGACCCUGAAGUCUCCAGGGUAGCCCAGAUUUAUGUGAUGAUUUUCAUUCCUGCUCUUCCUGCAACAUUCCUGUUCCAGCUGCAGACAAGAUACUUACAAUGUCAGGGCAUCAUCAUGCCUCAAGUGAUCACUGGGAUUGCAGUGAACGUCAUCAAUGUGGGCAUGAAUGCCCUCCUGCUCAAUGCCCUGGACCUUGGGGUGGUAGGGUCUGCCUGGGCGAACACCAUUUCCCAGUUCCUGCUGCCUCUUCUUCUUCUUCUGUACAUGUGGUGGAAAAAACUCCACGCCGCUACCUGGGGAGGGUGGGCGUGGGACUGUCUCCAGGAGUGGGGCCCCUACAUCAAGCUGGCUGUCCCCAGUAUGUUCAUGGUGUGCAUCGAGUGGUGGACCUUUGAGAUCGGAACCUUCCUUGCAGGACUGGUUAGUGUGACAGAGCUUGGCGCCCAGGCCAUCAUUUACGAACUGGUGUCCAUAGCCUACAUGAUGCCCCUUGGCUUCAGCGUGGCGGCCAGCGUCCGAGUAGGCAAUGCUCUGGGGGCGGGGAAUGCCAUGCAGGCGCGGGACUCCAGCGUCACCGUCCUCCUGUGUGCGGGUGUCUGUGCUCUCGUAGUGGGCGUCUUACUUUCAGCGUUGAAGGAUGUGAUCGCCUAUGUAUUUACCACUGACAAAGAUAUUAUUUACCUUGUCAGCCGUGUGAUGCCUAUUUUUGCUCCCUUUCAUCUGUUUGAUGCCCUUGCAGGCACCUGUGGUGGAGUCCUACGAGGUACAGGAAAACAGAAGAUGGGUGCUGUCAUGAAUGCCAUUGGUUAUUACGUUUUUGGUUUUCCCAUUGGAGUAUCUCUGAUGUUUGCUGCUAAACUUGGGAUAAUAGGUCUCUGGACUGGAUUGAUAGUCUGUGUCUUCUUUCAAGCCCUUUUCUAUCUGGUGCUCAUCUGGAGGACAAACUGGAAGAGAGUCGCAGACCAGGCACAGGUUCGAGCUGGGGUGAAAGGGAUCAAGGAGACCACGCCUGCACCAACAGAUCUGUCUGUGUUGGAAAAAGAAGUAACCGACGGCGUGACUUUACCCGACAUCGUCAGACCCGAGAGCCAGACCCUCCAGCUAAUGGUGAUAGAGGAAAACAGCCAGUAUGCAGUGGCCACCGUCGGGGAGGUUCUGACUGUCAAGCAGCUGGUUUUCUAUCGUGGAAUGGCUCUACUUGUUGCAGUUGCCACUCUUUUAGCGGGAAUUUUCAUCAGAGUUUUUCAGUGACGAGGACUAAAACAGAAGAGUUAUCAGCGGCCGACACACUAGACGUGAUCAUUAUUCACGAUUUACGGAGCGGGGCGGUGACCCUGUCAUGUGCACAGUGGUUUCUGGCUCUGCUGUGGGUGGAAGGGGGUAUCGGUGAUGCUGGCUUCGUUACCCCGAGAAUCUGCACUGCGCUGUUGGAGGUCACGAAAGGAGUUAUGAUUCUGAGUUUCUCCCGAACGUUAACUCUGUCAUGGGUUUUAAGUCCGUAGAUUUGAUUUUCCCUGCCCUAAGCGUUCUACGCUCUUACAUUAUCUUCCUUCUUUUGGGAAAGUCAUUGCCCUCUAAACUUGAUGGCCGAUCCAGUUUGGUUUGUAUUUCUCUGUUAACAUAUUCAGUCUUGUCAGUGAGCGUGUGUUAAGUGCCUGUUCAAGUUCUGCCUCAGGUAUUGCCAUACAAGUUUUUAUAAAAUAAACACCUUAACAUUGAAAA